AUCUUGUGUAUAACCUAGAGCUUUUCUUUUUUCUGCUUCCAAUAAUGAAACUUUUUAUUUAUUUAAUCAAUUUUAGGGCAGUUUAUAAUCAAAUGGAAAAUAAUUACUUGGCAAGCAUGCUCAACCGUUUCAAGUAAUUGAAGUCUUCUCAUUUGUUAGUUUUGGACCUGAUUGGACGCAUAAGUAUCAGGCAAUUUUCGAUUCUCUUGUUUGGCUUAGGUAGAUUCAAAGCUAAUUGGUAAUGGUGUUAAAAUUUGUGGUCAGAAGGUUGUCAGUUUAAGAACCUGAAGAAAUAUAUUUCUUGUCACAUAGUUUAGUCAAUUUUAGGGUAGUUUAUAAUCAAAAUGGAAAAAUAAGUGCCCAGGUGUUCCAAAUAAUAAGCAUAGGGAUGUGUAAACUGGAAUCUUCUCAUAUGUUAGUUUGGACCUGAUAGGAUGCUUAAGUAUGAUACAAGUCUAGAUUCUCGUGGGAUAAAUAGGGAAAAAGACCAUCAUGUUUGGUUUGGGUAGUUUUGAAGCUAAUUGCUAAUGAUGUUAAAAUUUAUGGUCCAAGAUUACGGACCUGUGUAUGAAGCUGGAAAAAGAGGGCAUUAAUCUAUUUUUUUGUGUAUGCACGUUAAUGUUUCACUUAAUGCAUCUUAUGUUCCAUGUUUGAAUGUUUUUUUUGAGAUAAAUCUAUAUGAUACAUAAUUGAGUGGUGGGAGGAUCUCAACUAAAAUGAAAUGCCUUAAAGGUUAGUAUUAAUACAAUAUGAUGUUAUAGGCUACUUCUAGGCUUGUUGCCUGGUUCUUAGUUUGGGGGAUUUUAGUCUUGUUGUAUAGGGUCAACAAACCUCAAUCAAACCAUGAAUUUAAGGCAUCAAGUUGUGGAUGAACCAAUCUGAACUACAAAUUAAAUUACUCUCUGGCUUGAAUGUUCAGGUUUCCGUGAAACCUAGUAACCAUGACUUUAGGGCAUCAAUUUGAGUAUCAACAUGAACCAAACCCCCAAACAAAUCCAUUCAUAAGAAGCCUUAAAUCUAAAAUUCUGGCCUAAUCAUAGUAUGCAAAGAUAAACGAAUAAUUGGUUGGUGCUAUGGAAUGCAAUCUGCUAGGAAUGCUGGCCAAUAAUGCAUUCCACUUGUGCCUCAGGUGGUGCCAAUAUGAUUGUAUGUUCUCCCAUCAGUACGUCUGCUAAAAAUGUUGUCUACCUGAGUGCCCGUGUUCCAUCAGAGAUGGGCAGCAAUAUCUGUGCUGCAGUCUCCCGCAGACCAUCAGGUUCAUGUUCUUUCUAUUUGUACCCUGGGCAUUCAAAAACAAGCUGUGGUAGCUCGUCUGUCUCCAGGACAGUAUCUUCUCCUUCCUUUACUAGCCAAACAUUUCAGGGGAGCUGUUUUCGAUCUUGCUUCUCUAGUCAGAGGGGAAACUUGCAAGUUAAAUGUGUUGGUAGUGCUAAAGGACCUCAGAGGAAACACCUUGAUAUUUCAUUGGCAUGCCAAAAUUUAAAUAUGAGGCUUUUGGUCCCAAAACAAGGAAUGCUCCCUAGAAUCAAGUGUAACGUGGGGCCGGUAUCUUGGCCACAAGGUUGUGCUUCGGCUGGUUUAAUUUUUGGGUUGCUGGUCUGUUAUUCAAGUUCUGAACCAGCACAUGCUGAAGCAGCUCGGCCCGCUCGGGUAAAGGGGGAUAAGGAAGAUGAUUGUCAUUUGUCACAUGUUAAAUUCUCACAUGGGAAGAAAGUCUACACUAACUACUCUGUUAUCGGGAUACCUGGAGAUGGGAGAUGUCUGUUCCGUUCUGUUGCUCAUGGGGCUUGUGUACAAUCUGGGAAGCCAGCUCCAAGUGAGAGCCUUCAGAGAGAAUUAGCAGAUGACCUACGGGCUAGGGUUGCUGAUGAGUUUAUCAAAAGGAGGACAGAGACAGAAUGGUUUGUCGAAGGAGAUUUUGACACAUAUGUUUCACAAAUACGGAAGCCCCAUGUAUGGGGAGGUGAGCCUGAACUAUUCAUGGCUUCGCAUGUUCUCAAGAUGCCAAUUACAGUCUACAUGUACGAUAAAGAUGCCGGUGGCUUGAUAUCCAUUGCCGAGUAUGGCCAAGAGUACGGCAACGAAAAUCCAAUUAGGGUUCUCUACCAUGGUUCUGGUCACUAUGAUGCACUGCAGAUUCCUGGAAAGAAGGGUGGUGGUAGAUCAAGAUUUUAGUUUUUUAUACUUGACUGACAGAAGAGUGGAUGUUUUCUUCUUUCUUUUUACUCUACAUAUUGUAGUCAUUGAGUUUCCAAAACAAAGCCGAGAAUAAAUAUUUUUUUUUCCUGGGCAACAGGAAUUAAUCCUUGGCUCUUCUAAAUUCUAAUAACAGUUACCUUUCCUGUGCAA